CAGCCUUCUUGGCCCCGCCGAGGCCUGCUGGGAACAGGACUUCUAAAACGACAAAUAUGUCUGGAAGGUUGUGGUCCAAGGCCAUUUUUGCUGGCUAUAAGCGGGGUCUACAGAACCGGAGGGAGCACACAGCUCUCCUGAAAAUUGAAGGUGUAUAUGCUCGAGAUGAAACUGAAUUUUAUCUAGGCAAGAGAUGUGCUUAUGUGUACAAAGCAAAGAACAACACAGUGACUCCUGGUGGAAAACCUAACAAAACUAGAGUAAUCUGGGGAAAAAUAACUCGCGCUCAUGGAAACAGUGGCAUGGUUCGUGCCAAAUUCCGAAGCAACCUUCCUGCUAAGGCCAUUGGACACAGAAUCCGUGUAAUGCUGUACCCUUCAAGGAUUUAAACUUAUUGAAAAGUAAAUAAAUAAAAGUGUGGGA